AUGACCUAAUAGUUAAAUAUAGCUAUUGAUAUCUAUAAUAUUAAAAAGAAUCAUAAUAUUUAUAAGUGAAUAUUUAAAAAAGAAAAAACCUAAAUUUAUUAAAUUAUCAAAUUUUAAUUCGAUAACUUAAAUUAUGUAUUCAUCAAGCUAUACUUCACCUAAUAAAAUUAUUGAUAGUAAUUGUGUUGAUAAAGGAAAUCUAUUUUUAGGUAAGCUUAAUUAUUUAUUACAAAGGAAAUAAACAUUCUACAGCUAUAUAACAUUUGGAAUAAUUAUAAAUUGGAGCUAUCUUAACAGUAGCUGA